ACAAUGCUGCCCGUGGGAGCCAGCUGAGGAAGUUGGGGUGUCGGGGGGUGGGGAAGGAGAGUGGCUGGGGGUCUCUGUGAUGGCUGGAGAGGCCCCAGACCGACCCCUCUCUCUGCCCCCCCAGGACUGGAGGGGAAGCCAUUGCUGCAGGAGCUGGCACGAGGCUACGUGGCAGCGAUGGGUGACAUGGAGGGGCGGAAACCCGGCCCCACCAGCAUCCUGGGGACGUCCCAGCUGCGCCCGGGCGAGCCGGCCGGGUACCGGAUCCCCUUCAACCCCAGUGCCACCGGCUGCGGGGCUGCCAUGCGCUCCAUGGCCAUCGGGCUCAGGUGGGCAGCAGGGCCCCAGGGGCUAUGGGGCACCCCGGGGAAGGGGGGUGAAGGGGGAGUGGGGAUCCCCAGGGCUAUGGGGCUCCCCAGUGGCUAUUGGGCACCCUAGGGAAGGGGGCAAAGGUGGGGGUGGGACCCCAGGGGCUAUGGGGCACCUCAGGGAAGGGGGGCAGAGGCGGGGGCAGGGACCCCAGUGGCUAUGAGGCACCCUGGGGAAGGGGAGCAGAGGUGGGGGGCAUCAG